AUGCCUGGAUUGCAAGACAACACAAAGACAUACACAUUGAAUGACGGACACGAGAUCCCAGCUGUGGGGCUCGGAACAUGGAGAGCUACAUCCGAAGACAACAUUGCCGAUGUCGUUGAAAGUGCCUUGAGAAACGGCUACAGACACAUCGACACUGCAGCAAUCUAUGGCAACGAGGAAGAUGUCGGAAAAGGCAUCAAGGCCUCUGGUGUCCCAAGAGAGGAGAUCUUUGUGACCACCAAGUUGUGGAACUCAGACCACAAGAACGUCAGAAAGGCGUUUGAAGAGUCCUUGAGGAAGUUGCAAUUGGACUACGUCGAUUUAUACUUGAUUCACUGGCCUCUUGACGGCGACUUUGAUGACGAGAGCGCUAACAUCAGUGAUUGUUUCUCUACUUACAUAGAGUUGCAAAAGUUGAAGCAGGAAGGCAAGGCCAAGUCGAUUGGUGUUUCCAACUUCUCGAAAGGGAAGAUCGAAAGUCUCUUGGCGCACCCAGAGGUCACGAUCAAGCCCGCCGUCAACCAGAUCGAGGCCCACCCAUUGUUGCCACAAUAUGAAUUGUACGACUACUUGAAAAAGAACGACAUCUACAUCGAGGCCUAUUCUCCAUUGGGCUCCGCUGACAGUCCGCUUUUCAAAGAGAAAAAUAUCUUGAGGAUUGCCCAGAAGAAUGACGUUGAGCCGGCUCAAGUCUUGAUUUCUUGGGCUAUUCAAAGAGAUACCGUGGUGUUGCCAAAAUCUGUCAAGGCUUCACGUCUAGUAUCCAACAUCAAGACGUUUGAGUUGAGCGACGAGGAUUUUGCAGUUUUGAACGAAUUAUCGGAGGUUGAAGGUGUUGUGAGAACCAACAAUCCAUUGCCAGCUCUCUUUAAAGAUUAG